AUGAAGAAAACUGGGGAAACGCCCGUGGAGAAUCCGGUCGCCCUUUGCACAUUGGGAAUUGGAGCUACGUUCGGAGAGUCCAUCCUGCAGGAUUUGCCGAGAGACAGCACGGUCGUGACCCAAACCACUUGUGAGCUUCUCAGGGUCGAACAGCAUGACUUCAAGCUGAUUUGGGAGAAAAACAAGGAAAUGAUGAACGACCUAGUCUCCAACUGCAAGCUGAAAAAUGGUUCAAUGCUUCUGGAAUCAGGAGAAUGCCCUGUGGGCAUAUUCUGCGACCUCAGCAGGGCUUUCGACUGUGUCAAUCAAUAUCAACUCAUGUCAAAGUGUUUUCUUGAAUUCCCUGCUAAUUUUCCCUGCUUCUUUUCAGCUCAAAAUACGUGUCUAAAAGACCGAAAAGUCUCCGGACGCCUAGUUCGCCGCUGUGCCCCAGGGACCGAAUUGGUGGAUUGGCUGCUGAAUUUGUCACCGAGCAUACACACAAGGGCUCAAGCGGCCGGUAUGUGGCAGGCUCUUCUAGAAGAAGGUGUAAUCUCGCAUGUGAACAAGGAGCAACCGUUCAAGGACAAGUGUUUUCUGUACCGUUUCUGGCAGGACGAGGAGGGUGCAACCGCUCUACCCCCUCUCGAGGACAUCGCAACGGCCGAUGAACAAAUACAAGACUCGUUAGGGAUACUCAUCAAUAAGGGACCGGACGCUUUCCUUCGAAUGAUUCUCAGGAAACAGAGUCACGAAAGGACACCCGACGACCAAGAAACGAUAUACGAAGAGCUGCUCCACAUAAGGGCCCUGGCGCAUCUGUCCAAUUCCGUCAAGCGAGAAUUGGCUUCCGUUAUUGUGUUCGAGGCACAUCCGAAAGCAGGAACUGUUCUUUUUCACCAGGGCGACGAAGGACGAUCUUGGUACAUCAUUAUUCGAGGAUCGGUAGAUGUUGUCAUACACGGCAAAGGCACCGUAAACACCCUCCAUGAAUCAGACGAUUUCGGCAAACUGGCUCUCAUUAAUGACGCUCCUCGGGCCGCUACGAUAGUUUUGAGAGAGAACAACUGCCACUUCUUGAGAGUCGAUAAGGAAAAUUUCAAUAGGAUUUUGCGAGAUGUGGAGGCGAAUACGGUGAGGCUGAAAGAACAUGGAAAGGAUGUUUUAGUUUUGGAAAAAAUCAAUACUUCAUCUAAGCAAUUGUUUUCGUCUCAUUUCAAGUACACUGUGAUGGCUGGCACUCCUCAAAAAAUGUUGGAACAUCUUCUAGAAACAAGACUGGAUGGACGGGGAACUGGAAGUGGUGGAGAGAAUCUCAUAAUAAGUACUGCUCAAGACCCAUUUCUGGAUGAUUUUCUUCUAACACAUAUAGUGUUCAUUCCCACCCAUCAACUAAUCGAAGAGUUGGAUAAUUAUUAUAGGAUAGAAUUUAGUAAUAAGGAUAGAGAAUUCGUGCUAGCUUGUAAGAGACGUGUCAUCCAGUUCGUAUACAGGUGGGUGACUACCAUAAGACAACCUGUAUUCGAAGACGAAAUCGCAGUGGAAUUUUUGGAAGAAUUGGCGAACGAAUUGGAAAACGAUAUCGUCCAGUUCAACGCCCUGCAAGAAGAAGCCUCAUUAAUGCACCAUGUUAUAUCGCAGCUCCGAAGGUACAAUGAUGACAGAAAAGCUCACGAUGGUCAGAAGUGGAAACUUCCUUCACUUGGACAGCCAAUAAGCUUAUUCAGUGCAGGAAAUGAUACGAGUAGAACGAUAAUCAUGCCACAAGAUGACAUAAUUUUCCGCGUAUAUUGUGCCGACCACACGUAUUGCACAUUAAGGCUUCCAGUAGACACACCGGCUGAAACCAUAAAGCUGGUAGCAGCGGAAAAACUGAAAAUGAGGGUCAACGACGAAUUGCUUCUCGUUGAAGUCAAGUCCAAUGGAGAGAGGGUUGCCUUUAAAGACAACGACAUCAGUAUUCCAACGGCGUUGACACUCAAUGGAAGGAUAUUCGUUUCUCCGAAAGACCACUUAGACGCUCUGACGUGUCUUAGCGAACAAGAACAACCGACGCAAGGUAUAGAUGGAGAUAUAGAAAUGUUCAGCACGAAAGAGCUUGCAUACUACAUGACCCUGUUUGACUGGGAUCUUUUUUGUUGUAAAGAGUACCAAAACCUCAAUGCCUUCUGUGCAAUAGUAAUGGGACUUAGCAACGUUGCCGUUUCUCGCCUUUCCAAUACCUGGGAAAAACUUCCCUCGAAAUUUCGAAAACUCUACACCGAAUUUGAAUCACUGAUCGACCCAAGCCGCAAUCACCGGGCAUACAGAGUGAGCGUUGGAAAGCUACAGCCUCCUGUAGUGCCCUUCAUGCCGUUAUUACUGAAAGAUAUGACAUUUACUCACGAAGGGAACAAGACUUGUUUGGACGGACUGGUGAACUUUGAGAAGAUGCAUAUGCUGGCUCAAACAAUGAGGACCAUUAGAUUUUGUAGGAGUAGACAUUUAGUUUUAGACCCACCAUCACCAAAGAGCGAAGGAGAGGUCAAAUCAUAUAUUUCCUGCCUGCGAACUAUAGAUAAUCAAAGGGUGCUAACGAGUAUGUCGCAAAAGUUAGAACCGAGGAGGUCUUAGUGGCACUAUUUAAUGUCCACCAGGGUAAUGACCUACCUUGGAUGGCGUUGCUGGCUGAUCUGUCCGUGUCCAUUUUCAUACCCCUUCUUCAAACCACAGCCCGCCUACGUUUAAAGACAAUUGAGGAGUGUGGGGUAAAUUUUUGGUAUUGAGGUUGUUUAUUGAAAAUUAUUGGUUUACUCAUGUAUUCUUCUUCGUUGAUCUAAAUUCUGAAGUCAAUGCUUAAUAGUUGCAACUAUUUACUUUUCACACUGGUUUUUGGUUGGUGAAACGCACCUCGGGAAGAGUAUUGCAUUUCGGGUGAUUGGGAAAAGUGCUUGUUUUGGAGCUAAAUCAUUCAAAUAAAGUUUCCAAUAGCGGGGGAUAUUGUUCAAAUUCUUUAACAGGACUCCAAACUUUGAAUUUGUUAUACAGCUAGAUUUCAAGAAGGUUUUAUUGUUUCUCCCAAUUAGAAAUCAAGUUAGCAAUGUAAACUGUAAUUGGGAGCAGUUUUGGCGCUCUUGAAAGGGUAUUAUUGAUCGAUUUCAUUGACGGGUUGGAAAUUUGCAUGACAAACGACAUUGCUAUACCAAGUUUCAUUUCUCCUUGCAGAAGUACUGAACCCCCUAAUGGCAAAUUUGUACGAGUUUCAAUUUCACAAAUCGUCAAAAUGCAAUACUAUUCGUUCUUGUAAAUUACUUUCCAAGUAAAAUUGAAAGUUCUGGUACCAAAAUGCUGGUACGAAAAGUGUUUUGUGGAAUGAUUUCGUUUCCUAGGCCAUAUUUUGAGGUAUUUCUAUAGCAUAUAACCAGGUCUCACUCGAUACUAAUAUAACUCUUUUUGGAGAUUUCAUUACUCUGACAAGUAUUCAAGGUUGGUACGGCUUGUCCGUUUGCGCACUAAUAAUGUAAAUUUUUUAUAUAGUGGCUUAAUAAUUUCUGAAGGACUUCAUCAGUAAGUUAACACUUAGAAGUUACAUAUUUUUCUACAUUUUCUCUAUUAAUCGAGCAAUCAUUCAAGUUAUAAAGUUAUUUGAACUGCAGGCAAUAAAAAUAUUUUUUAGAUAAAUAUGUUACCAAGUUCAUUAAAACCCCUUUUGUUGUUCAUAAAUCGCAUUUGGUUGGAUACUUCGAUUCAGAUUUGGAAAUUAUUUUCGUUACUCACAUUUUAUAUAACCAUACUUACAUCCUUGUGUAACAAUUUUUUCGUUCUGAUAUGUAAUUUCUCUCGUAAAUAAUAGGGAUAUCAAUAUUCAAAUUUUAUUUUGACUUUUUCAUUGAUGUUGAUGGUUUAUUUCGUAAUUCCAUAAAACGAUGGUGAAGAUUUCCUCACCCUAAUAUAAGCUGGUGAUAUAAAAAAUCAAAUUUUUGAAAGAAGUUGUCAUUCGUAAUUUUACCAACUUUGGUCUGCAUAAAAAUAGUUUAAACUUCAAUCUCAGAUUCAUAAGCAGCGGGCGAAAUUACACUAGUUUUACCGUUUUUUCAACAAAGCGAAUCUCGAUACAAUACUAUCAAAAUGAAUAGCUCC